AUGGCGAACAAGAUGGCCAAUCCCGCUGUGGACCCGAACAGGGAGGAGCAGCAAUAUCUGGACGAAGUUGCAGCUGUCAAGAAGUGGUGGACGGAUUCCAGAUGGAGAUACACCAAGAGAGCCUUCACUGCCGAGCAGAUUGUGGCCAAGAGAGGGAACCUGAAGAUCGAGUAUCCCAGCAACGUCCAAUCGAAGAAGCUCUGGAAUAUCCUGGAAGGCAGAUUCAAGAACAAGGAAGCCAGUUACACCUACGGCUGCUUGGAGCCCACAAUGCUCACCCAAAUGGCGAAAUACCUCGACACCGUCUACGUUUCCGGCUGGCAAUCAUCGUCUACCGCCUCUGCCUCCGAUGAGCCCGGUCCAGAUCUGGCAGAUUACCCCUACACCACCGUCCCCAAUAAAGUCUCCCAUCUCUUCAUGGCCCAGCUCUUCCACGACCGAAAGCAGCGCGAAGAACGCGUUACCACAAAAUCGAAAGCCGACCGCUCCAAGCUCGCAAACGUCGACUAUCUCCGCCCCAUCAUCGCAGACGCAGACACCGGACAUGGCGGAUUGACGGCAGUGAUGAAGCUUACGAAGUUGUUCAUCGAGAAGGGAGCAGCGGGAAUACAUAUCGAGGACCAGGCGCCUGGGACGAAGAAGUGUGGACACAUGGCUGGGAAAGUGCUGGUUCCGAUCAGUGAACAUAUCAAUCGUCUUGUUGCCAUUAGAGCGCAGGCUGAUAUCAUGGGAUCUGACCUACUCGCCAUCGCACGAACAGACGCCGAAGCCGCAACCCUUAUAACCACGACCAUCGAUCCCAGAGAUCACGCCUACAUCCUCGGCAGCACGAACCCCAACCUCCAACCCCUCAACGACCUCAUGAUUGCGGCGGAACGAGCUGGAAAGAACGGCGCUGAACUGCAAGCAAUCGAAGAUUCCUGGACCUCCCAAGCAGGACUGAAAGUCUUCGCCGACGCAGUAGUAGACACCAUCAACUCCGGCGUGCACGUCAACAAGAAGUCACUCAUCACCCAAUUCCUGUCCGACAUCAAGGGAAAGUCAAACACGGAAGCGCGAGCGAUCGCCAAGGGGAUAACCGGCGUCGAUAUCCCCUGGAACUGGGAUAGCCCACGAACGAGAGAGGGGUAUUACAGGCUUCACGGAGGCUGUGAGUGUGCGAUUAAUAGAGCGAUUGCCUACGCACCGUACGCAGAUGCCAUCUGGAUGGAGUCCAAGCUCCCCGAUUACGCGCAAGCGGUGCAAUUCGCAGACGGCGUGCACGCCGUUUAUCCCGAGCAGAAACUCGCAUACAACCUCUCCCCCAGUUUUAAUUGGAAAUCCGCCAUGUCGCGCGACGAGCAAACAACUUACAUUGAGCGCCUGUCUAAACUCGGGUACUGCUGGCAAUUCAUCACUUUGGCCGGCUUGCACACCACGGCACUCAUUUCAGAUCAGUUUGCAAAGGCGUAUUCGAAGAACGGGAUGAGGGCGUAUGGCGAGUUGGUCCAGGAGCCGGAGAUGGAAGGCGGUGUCGAUGUGGUUAAACAUCAGAAGUGGAGUGGGGCGAACUAUGUCGAUGAGUUGCUGAAGAUGGUACAGGGGGGUGUUAGCUCGACGAGUGCGAUGGGGAAGGGCGUUACGGAGGAUCAGUUCCAUUGA